CGGGGUUUGCACGACCAGCUCCGGCCUCAGUCCGUUCGCGACGCUCCCAUGGGUCUUCACUAGACCAAAAUCCGACCCCUGGGCAAUACGGCAUCAUCGAGGAAGAUCUUCGAGCUGGCGGCCCAGCGCUCGGCCAAGAGCCAUGCAUCACUGUACGGGAGAUUCCAUCCUCGCAUCAAUACUACAACGCAUUGCGGGGCCCUGAUGGGUACGAACUGCGCACGAGACUUGGCGACAUCUGCCGGGAAGCCCGCCUAUCCGUGCUCGACAUGCUGUUCUGUGGGCGUAGAUCAGAGUUUGGAUCCAAUAGGCGGCUCACUUUGACCCUGCUCAUCACCUCCAACCGCGGAGCCGACGUCACCAAAAGGGGAUGGGCCGAAGGGACAUCCUCACCGUCGGAUGCUUCCGCAUCGGACGAGAGGAUUCCCCGGAGCGAUGCCCCCCGACGGUCCUUAUUGGGGUAGCUCAUCAUUCCUCACGCAACUGGAGGCAGGCGAGGGAGGGUGUUGUCCAUGUGCUUGACUCUCGGGGCCUGGUUAACAGGGCGGUCGUCAUCCGCAAGGAUGCUAGGUCCCGGGCUAUGGCGGCAAACGAGCUCACGAGCGAGGUGGCUGGCCCAGCCAAUUGCCGGCCAGAUCCUCCUGCGGGCGAGGGCAUUUGUGCAUCUGCUCUACACGAGUCACGCGGUACCCUGGGAGGCUGGGUAGAACUCUACCACGAACCUGCAAAGACAUGGAAACCCUUCGCUCUGACCUGCGGUCACGUUAUUCUACCCUCGGAGGGAGCUGUGGCAGCAGCGGACGCAACCUUUAUACGGCAAUGGCUCCGGAAGGGCGUCUCCCCCAAGGACCCGGGCCGCACACGCCUUCUUGGCGUCGAUUGCCCGGCAUUUCGAGAGAUCACAGAGGGGAUCGAUAUGCGCGAUGACGUUAUACGUGAUGCCAGGAAUGAUUCCGCCUAG